AUGGCUUUAUACCUUGCCUCGGGACUUGCGCCGACCAUCAUGGUACUGCGUCUUGCAGUUGCAAACAAAACCGAUACUGCCGCCUCGGCGCCUAACAUAUCAACAUAUCUCCAUGGUGUAGAUUUUGACACUUCUAUCAACUCAAAUACGCUCGCUAUUGGGACAGAGCAUGUUGAUAUGAUGUUGAGACCACAGGAUCACACAGGUUUAAAUCAGUAA